CAAUUCCAAUUCCGUGUUACAGAGGUCCGUACAACUUCACUGAUUGAUUUGUCAGAUUACUCCUUGCUAUAACACCCAACUGACUUCGUCCCUCGUUUUGCAAUCAUUCCAAACCUCAAGUAAGUCUCGUCAUGAGAGCGCCCGUAAAAGCACCUUCGACUUGGGGUAGCACAGCUCGUCGUCUCGCAUAUCAUAGAGGCGCCAUCUCUCAACUUCCCCUGGCCAGCACAUUCGUCGCAGCACCAACAAGGCUCUACCAGCAAUAUUUGUCCGGAGCAAAGCCAUUCAGUUCGUCUAGGUUCAAGCUACAGGAGCAGUCUCAGCCUAUCAACAUGGACUCCCAGACUGAGAAUCUAGAUGGUCUUAAGGAGCAUCUCACUCAUGAAAAGCUUGACGAGUUACGGGAUUUCUGGUUUGAGCAUAUCCCAGAGGAGGCCAACCGCAUCAUUGCUCCUGGAGAACUGCAAAAGAGAUGGUUCUUCUCGGACAAAGAGUUUGACAACGUCUGCGUCACUCGAUUCAGCCCUGUACUCGAAGCCAUCCGGAACGCUGGUGUUACAUCCGCACAAGAGCUUCUGUCCGUUGCUCAGCCUCGGAACUCUCUAGACUGGCUGAGCCUUAUCAUUCUGCUCGACCAAAUUCCACGCAACUCAUAUCGCGGCGAGAAAUCAUUCAUAUGCUUCACUUACUUCGACCCUAUCGCACAGCAAGUCUCACUCGAAGCCAUCAAGCAAGGCAUCCCAGAUAAAGCACCUGAGAUUCGCUGGGUCUUCUCCCACCGCACCUGGUUCUACAUGCCCUUGAUGCACUCAGAGGACAUAUCUGCGCAUGAAAAGGCAGUGGCUGCUUAUGAUCGGAUCAACCAGGAUAUACUGAGCUUGAUAGAUGGAACAGGCGGUGCAGAUGAUUACGAGAGGAAGGCAAGAGAAGUUGUGCAGGCGGAUCCUGAAGCAGCAAAGUCAGUUGGUGAGACGAAUAAGAUGUUUGAGGAGAAGCAUAGAGUUAUUAUCGAGAAGUUUGGGAGAUAUCCGCAUAGAAACAAGGCGCUUGGGAGGGAGGCGACGCCAGCGGAGGUGGAGUUUCUUGAGAGUGGAGGUGAUACAUUUGGUAGCUGAGAUGCCUGAGCAUGCAUUAGUUACCUAGGGGAGGAAAGAAAACUCAGGACCUUAAACCUAAGUGAUAAAAAUCUUUAGGUAAAUUUAGCCUAAGCUUAGGGGACUCUUUACUUAGUUUAUUUUGACACCCUAUAUCAAGGUUCGGUG